UGCAUUGUGAAGUGUGAACGUGAAUGUUCGUUUUUUAUGGCGUCUCUUCGGUGUCGCUUCGGAUUGUGAUUGUAAGUUGUGAUACUUGUGAUUUUCGAAAAAAUUUGGUUUUUAAACAUACACCUAACACGUAUUAGCAACAUUAGAGACUUGGAAUCACCUGGACAAUUUCGUAAACACAAUUGUGUGUAAACAUAUGUAAAAUGGGCGAGUAUACGAAUGUAUACACCUUCCACGAUAAAACCCUCGCCGAGAGAUUGGAGGAGUAUACCAACAUACUAUCCGCGCAAGGAAGAAUAGUACCCGCUUCAAGCAUUCGGACGGAAUGGGUCUGCGACGUGGAGCUCGUUAUCGAGCCGGUCGGUUGGCAGGCAUUAUGGAAGAUAUCGCGUACAACGUGUGAGGACUAUAGUAUCCGUUAUCCAACGAUCGUCAUGGUAGAAGUGCUAGGGAUGGACUUCCCAGUGUUGAACGCCUUGGUGAAGAUCACGGCUGUUCAGGAUGACAUACAUUUGCCUGAGAAGCAUGAAGUAUCGCUGGUGGAAUUGUAUCCUACCAUUGAACAGAAAAACCAUAGCUUGGAUAUAAUAGGUACAGCACAUUGCGUGGAUCGAUUACGGUUUUUCUACAAUCACCUGUGGAUGCCGUGGGAUGAGGACGAGGAUGACAAUAUUGAUUGGGUGGAGCAGCAUCUGGAACGUAGGAUCAGAUUAUACUUUGACAUGAAUAAUGGAAUUAUCAAUAAGGAAACGUGUGACAUUAUUAAAUCAUUAAUCAGUGAAGGAAAGGAGAUACAGAAAAAGAUUUCAACAUAUGAAGCUUUGUUACCUGAAGAUUUCCAGGAAGAUGAUGUGCCUGAAGAGUUAGCACAAGAAACAUGUACCUUGAUGAAGCUUCACUUUCGACUUCAGCAGAUUAAAGCAGAGAUGGAUUUAUUGGAGAAUCCUUCAUUGAGAGGAUUGCUUGGGAAGAAUCAAUCUUAUAACAGAAGAAAAAGGCACAGCGAUAAUGAAAAUAAGACAAGCUCGUAUUAUUUUGUAUGGCAGGGUGGCGUUGUCAAAGAACUCCAGGAAUUUUCUAAUAAAAUUCAAACGAUGUUGCCUAAGGAUGCACCUAUUAAAAUAUGUGGAUAUCUGGAUGAUGUUAUGGAUACAUUCGAGACAGGUGAUACUAUUUUACUAGGUGAAGGAAACUAUUCAAUUAAGGGUUCCACUGGAUUACAAGAAGGAGGUACAAUUAUAGGAAUUUCUAAUACAGAGGACACUAUAAUUUCUCCACAUGACCCAAAUAUGUCGUCAUCUUUGUUUGAUUUAUGCGGCAAUGAGAUAUUGCUGAAGAAUGUCUGCAUCGACUUGGGAACACUUCAGGCAGGCAUAAUUAUCAGAAAGGACUGUACUGUACUUGUAACUGGUUCUAAAAUACGUCUCUCUAAUAUCACUGCAAAUAGUAGUGCUAAAUGGGGUGCAGUUGUUAUGCCAGGAGCGAAAUUAGUACUUGAAAAUACAAUUUUCCAAGGAUUAGGCACAGCGAUCAUUAUUUAUGGAACUGGUGAAGUUGUUAUGAAUAAUUGUCAAUUUGAAAAUUGCUGCGAGGGUGUACGGCUGAAUGACAAUGCACGUUUUACCGCAACCAAGUGCUCAUUUGAAAAUAUUGAGACUGGACAGGCUGUAGUGAUAGAAACUGAAAAAGUAAAUCGUUCAGAAAUUGUAGAGGUGGAAAACGAAUUGAGCAAUGUGUCUCUUAAAAAUGUCUCUUUAAAUGAAUGUAAAUUUUUCAAUAAUCAUAAAGGGAGUAUUACAUUAAGACCAAAAGAUACUGCUGCUCUUGUACAUAGACAAAUUAAUACUACAGAAGAAUCAGCAUGUAAAGAAGCUAUGGAGUUAUGAGUUUCGCAAUAUUUCUGUGUGUCGCAUUAUUAUA